GCCAGAGCCCCAAUCACGGAUUGCGAACUCGGCGCGGUGCGGAGCCGCUGCCCGCCCGCUGCGAUCUUGGUCCCGCUGACCCGGAUCUCGGAGUCAGAGGUCUCCUAUCCCCCUCAAACCCCCGCAGGAGUCACCACCCCAGGGCCAGCAUAUGGGUGAGGGGGCACCCCCAGGGGCCUGAGCUGCCCCGCACAGGAUGCCCCGUGCCCCCCACUUCAUGCCCUUGCUGCUCCUGCUGCUGUUGCUCUCACUGCCCCAUACCCAGGCUGCUUUUCCCCAGGACCCCCUCCCUCUCCUGACCUCUGACCUGCAAGGUACUUCCCCAUUAUCCUGGUUCCGGGGCCUGGAGGAUGAUGCUGUGGUUGCAGAACUUGGGCUGGACUUUCAGAGAUUCCUGACCUUGAACCGGACCUUGCUAGUGGCUGCCCGGGAUCACGUUUUCUCCUUCGAUCUGCAAGCCCAGGAAGAAGGGGAGGGGCUGGUGCCCAACAAGUAUCUAACAUGGCGGAGUCAAGACAUGGAGAACUGUGCUGUGCGGGGGAAGCUGACGGACGAGUGCCACAACUACAUUCGUGUUCUCGUUCCCUGGGACUCCCAGACACUCCUUGCCUGUGGAACGAACUCAUUCAGCCCUGUGUGCCGCAGCUACGGGAUAACUUCGCUGCGGCAGGAGGGUGAGGACCUGAGUGGGCAGGCUCGAUGCCCCUUUGAUGCCACCCAGUCCAAUGUAGCCAUCUUUGCAGAGGGCAGCCUUUACUCAGCCACAGCUGCGGAUUUCCAGGCCAGUGAUGCUGUGGUUUACAGAAGCCUCGGGCCUCAGCCCCCACUCCGCUCCGCCAAGUACGACUCCAAGUGGCUCAGAGAGCCACACUUUGUCCAUGCCUUGGAGCAUGGAGACCAUGUCUACUUCUUUUUCCGAGAGGUCUCUGUGGAGGAUGCCCGGCUGGGAAGGGUACAGUUCUCCCGAGUGGCCCGUGUGUGUAAGCGUGACAUGGGCGGCUCGCCUCGGGCCUUGGACCGCCACUGGACAUCCUUCCUGAAGCUGAGGCUCAACUGCUCUGUCCCUGGGGACUCUACCUUCUAUUUUGACGUCUUACAGGCCUUAACUGGGCCUGUGGACUUGUAUGGCCGCCCUGCUCUCUUUGGGGUCUUCACCACCCAGACCAACAGUAUCCCUGGCUCUGCGGUCUGUGCCUUCUACCUGGAUGAUAUCGAGCAUGGGUUUGAGGGCAAGUUCAAGGAGCAGAGGAGUCUGGAUGGGGCCUGGACACCUGUGUCUGAGGACAGGGUUCCCUCCCCCAGGCCAGGAUCCUGUGCAGGAGUAGGUGUGGCUGCCUUGUUCCCCUCUUCUCGAGACCUCCCUGAUGAUGUCCUGACUUUCAUCAAAGCUCACCCACUGCUGGACCCGGCUGUGCCACCCGCCGCCCAUCAGCCUCUGCUCACCCUCACCAGCAGGGCCCUACUGACCCAGUUAGCUGUGGACGGUAGGGCUGGUCCCUACAGUAACACCACAGUCCUGUUCCUGGGCUGCAACGACGGGAUGGUGCUGAAGGUGCUGCCCCCAGGGGGGCCAUCUGGGAGACGUGAGCCCAUCCUGUUGGAAGAAAUCAACGCCUACAGCCCCUCCAGGUGCAGUGGGAAGCGGGCAGCCCAAACAGAACGGCGGGUCCUAGGGCUGGAGUUGGACACUGAAGGUCACAGGCUCUUUGUGGCUUUUUCCGGCUGCAUCAUCUACCUCCCUCUCAGCCGGUGUGCGCGGCAUGGGGCCUGUCAGAGGAGCUGUCUGGCUUCUCAGGACCCAUACUGUGGAUGGCAUAGCUCCAGAGGCUGUGUGGAUAUCAGGGGACCUGGUGGGACUGAUGUGGAUCCAGCUGGGAACCAGGAAUCCACAGAGCACAGUGACUGCCAAGAUGGAGCUACUGGGAGUCAGUCUGGCACAGGGGAUUCUGCUUAUGUGCUUCUGGGUCCUGGCCCUUCCCCUGAGACCCCCAGCCCCCCCAGUGAUGCCCACCCCCGGCCCCAGUCUUCCACUCUUGGAGCUCACACUCAGGGCGUGCGCCGGGACCUCCCCCCAGCCUCAGCCUCCCUCUCCGUCCCCAUCCCACUCCUCCUGGCCUGUGCGGCUGCAGCCUUCGCCCUGGGCGCCUCGGUCUCCGGCCUCCUGGUCUCCUGCGCUUGUCGCCGAGCCCACAGCCGUCGGAGCAAGGACGUCGAGACUCCGGGGCUCCCGCGCCCUCUCUCCCUUCGCAGCUUGGCGCGGCUGCACGGUGCAGGCCCUGAGCUGCCGCCGUCCAAGGACGGAGACGGGGCGCAGACGCCGCAGCUCUACACCACCUUCCUGCCUCCGCCCGAGGGCGUGGCCCAGCCAGAGCUGGCCUGCCUGCCCACGCCGGAGUCCACGCCCGAGCUGCCGGUCAAGCACCUACGCCACGCCGGGGGACCCUGGGAGUGGAACCAGAAUGGGAACAAGCCNGCGCCGCGCGUGCUGGUGCGGCCGCCACCGCCCGGCUGCCCCGGGCAGGCCGUGGAAGUCACCACCCUGGAGGAACUGCUGCGCUACCUGCACGGCCCGCAGCCGCCCAGGAAGGGGGCCGAGCCCCCGGCGGUGGCCGCGUUUAGCUCGCGGGCGCUCCCGCCGGAGCCGGUCCCUACCCCCACCCCCGCCCUCUUUGCGGGCUCCAGCCUCCUCCCCCGGGAGUGUGGUCCGCCGCUGAGGCUGGACGUGCCCCCCGAGGGGAAGUGCGCGGCGCCCUCCACCCGGCCCGCGCUCUCCGCCCCUGCUCCCCGGCUAGGGGUCGGGAGCAGCCGGCGGAUGCCCUUCCCCACGCACCGUGCACCCCCCGCCCUGCUCACUCGGGUCCCGUCGGGGGGCUCCUCCAGGUACUGCGGGGGUCCUGGGAGACAUCUCCUGUACCUGGGCCGGCAGGAGGGAUAUCGGGGCCGCGCUCUGAAGAGGGUGGACGUCGAGAAGCCCCAGCUGCCCCCGAAGACUCCUCUCGUCUCGCCCUCCUCCCAGCCGGCUGUCCCCAACGGCAGCCAUUUUAACUUUUAAUGGGAGCUGCGCCAGGUCCUCGAAUGGCGCCCUUGAGGCCCGUGCCCUCAAAGGCCAAGAGCAUGGACGCAUCUCCAAGGACAGCACCCCUCCCUCUCUCGUGUUCCACACCUCCAGCCUUCCUGGACUCUGAGAGUCUCCCGGGGUCCCAGCCCGCCUCGGGUUUAUUUAUUGACUGUUUUUCCCCCUGUCCUCGAGAGAGGAGUGGGAGGUGAGAAGCUCGCCCCCUCCGUGAGCCAGCUUUUCGGGGGGAACUGGCGCACUCCCACUCCCCCUUCCCUCAGCCAAGCUGCCUUAACUCGCCCCUCCGGGCUUCCUCCAUAGACUGGGCCGCGGGCGGGCCGCAGAGCGGAUGGACAGACCACGGGGCUGGGGCCGCGCGCGCUGUGUAGAGUCCUCGGGCCUCCCGGGACGUGCCUCCUCCUACUGUGUAGGAGCCUCCGCUUCCCAAUACAGCUGUGUCCCCGA